AUGACAACCCCCCAAACAGACCACCCCUCAUCCACCAUGGACCCCAACCAAAUCCUCGACUACUUCCGCGCACAUCCCAAAGGCAACACUAUACUCUCUCAUCCACAUAUCGUCCUCGAACCCAAAGCCAGCGGCUACCAAUCCGCGCAUCCAAACCACCUGUUCAACGAAACCCUCACCUCCAACGACGGUGUUCUCAAAUCUUUCUUCGUCAGACAAUCCCCCCCUGAGUCUGCACACGAUGCCACCGCGCACCGCGGCUAUUUUCUCCUCCAGCUCGGUCGUGGGGUGGCCGGCCAGCAGGACAUCGCGCACGGCGGGUUUCUGUCCGUGGUUAUGGACCAGGUGACGGGCACACUGAUUGGGACGACCCGUCUGGACGGUGGAAAGGGCAUGUUCACUGUCUCGUUGAAUCUGUCGUACCAUCGGCCGGUGUUUGUGCCGGCGGAUGUGAUUAUUGCGACGUCGCGGAUAUCGAAGGUCGACGGCCGCAAGAUCUAUGUGCUUGCUGAGAUUGAGGACGCCCAGGGGAAUUUGUGCACGACUGCGGAGGCAAUCUUCCUGCAGAAGAGAGAUCAGAAAGUCUUCAUGGAAUGGGCUUCUUUCUUGUUAUUGACGGAUGUUGCCUGUGUCAUCGCCACCCUCUACACGGCGCGUCAUUUCAAUGAUGCUGAGGUGGCAGACCAAAUGCUACAGGCUUUAACCCAAGGCUAUGGCUCGUUGAGUGAGCAACAGGCUUUCCGCAUUGUUGUCCAAAUUGGAAUGUGUUUUCUCCUAUGGAAUGUCUAUAUGCAUGAGGAACUGAUAGAGGACAAGGAGAAGGAACUAGUCAAGCUGGCAGGAUGUGCCCUGGUCAAGGGAUGUGAGAAAGACCGCCAGUGGUUUGAGCAUAGCUUCUAA